UUACAUCCGGUAUUCCCAGAUCUGUGCCCAGGUGGUGAGAGCGGCGAUGAAGCCUCAGUAUAAAGCGGAGGCAGAGAGGGCGGCGAUGGCCAAUGUGAAAACCGUGAAACCCAAGAAGGAAUAA